UGUCCCUGCUGAGAAAGGAGUCCAUAGCAAAGGAUGUUGUUUCCUUUAAGUCUGCUUUGGAGGAAAUGAAAUGUUCCACCAUAUGGAAAUCAAAUAGCAAGUUUCAGAAAUACUUCAACCAAAUUUGGUAUCCUCAUCAUAAGCGAUGGAGCAAGGCUUUCAGGAGUGGUUCCAUUGAAAUUGUAGCUGGAACAAACAAUGGAAUUGAGUCCCAACACAAGAUUCAUGCACAGGAAAACUAGUUACGGUCUUUCAGUCAUGUUAAAAACUCUCAUAAAUGACUUCUUUCCAGCCAGAUAUAGGGGAUAUGUGGACUUGAAUUUAUUUUCAUCUGGAAAAUUCCGUAAGUUUUCAUCUGAUGUCCCAGAACAGCUCCAUAAACGGCCAAAGAAGUUUGUUAAACAUUGUAUGGAAAGGCUGGAGGCUGCAAAAGAUAUUGAGAGGUCUAAUGUGAAGUCCGUUGAAAACGAUUCUUUCAACAUCAUCAGUGGCAAACGAACAUAUAAUGUAACCUUAGGCAGUGAAGACAGAUUUCCUUGUUGCGAAUGCAGUGAUUGGGAUGAACACCACAUGCCAUGUAAACACAUGUUCGCUGCUAUGAAACGCAAUGGAGAAAUCGAUUGGGAGCAAAUAUCACCUCUGUAUAUGAACUCGGCGUAUUGUACUAUCGAUGAUUUGGCUUGUGCUACUAAUAAAAUACCAACAGAUGAUAAUACCGGUCCAACAGACUUGGAAGAUGAAUAUGAAAAUGUCAGUAAUAUCCCUGCAGAUGAUGGUACAGACCUGACGGACGUGCAAGAUGAGACUGAUUCUGUAAAUGUCAAUAAAGUGGAGAACGAGCAAAGAAUUGCUAGAGACGUAAUUAAAAAAUUGACAAGUAUGACCUAUGAUAUAACGGACACAUUAACACUCAGAAAGAUACAAAAUUCAGUAAAUAUACUUAUAAAAGAAGUUGAUGUGAGGAGUACCAUUAGUUCAUCAAAAUAUGUACCUCUUCGGAAAAGAAGGUCAUUGAGGAAGCAUUCCAAGAGAUGUGGCGUAAAAGCUAGGAAUUUAAAGAAACAUUCAAAGUUGGAAAUCCCAAAAGAUGUGCCAGUUUAUGAUCAUACUUCUUCAUGUGACAAGGAAGGACAGCUUUUUGAGGAUGUUUCUGUUCCUGUCAUUCCAUGCUUGCCAGAAGACUGCAUACCUGAAAACCACCCUGAAUUAUGCCAAGAAGUAGAGAGGAUGUGGAAAUCCAGGUCUGAACAGCUUGAACCUAGAUCUGUUGGACCUUAUCCAUUAACAGCACAAUCAUUUUGGUGUACCAAUAACCUUUUGUGUGAUGAGGUUAUUGAUGCCUUUCUGCAUGAAGUAGUGGGUCGAUACCAAGGUCAAAAGGUCUACCACUUAAACUGUAUUACCAUGACUUCCAUAUUUGAAGCACAGCAGGAAAUACAUCGCUGUCUAAGAAGAGUUCCAUCAUUGAUGAUGUACGACACCAUAAUAGGUGCAUACAAUGAAGCUGGUUGUCACUGGUGUUUGAUUAUUAUACUUCCGAAGGAGAGGAAACUGUUAUAUAUAAAUCCUCUCGGAACUUUGGAUGUAUUAGAACAAGACAUUGUUCUGAAAUGGUUCAACUUCCUGAAAUCCAGGUAUGAUGAGGGAAUUGAUUCGGUAUUGCCAGGGGAAUGGGACAUGGAAACACCCUGUCAUGCAAAGCAGUCGGAUGGAAGUUCUUGUGGGAUUUAUGUGUUGAAAUUGGCUGAGAAUUAUUUGGCAGGAAGGACAUUGGCUUUUGAAUGGAGCAAGGAAGAGGUCCAGCAUGCACGUCUGUCCUUAGCAGUUUUCCUCCUGAGUGUUUCCAGGUCAACUGCAGCGGUCUGUGUUGAGGAAGAUACUGCCAACUGUGAGGACAGUAAUCAGGAUAGAACCAGUGCCGAUGACAAAGAUGAGAAGACGUAUAAGCUUAGAGGAAUGAGGCGACUGAAUCGUAAAAGGUCAAGUUUUGUGUACCCUGAGGUGAAGGUUGAACCAAAAAAGAUAAAACUGUAUUGCCUGUGCCAGCAGCCGAAUGAUAAGAAGAGAUUUAUGAUAUUCUGCGACUUUUGUUUGGAGUGGUUCCAUUUAGAAUGUCUUGGUAUAGAGAAAAAAGACAUCCCAAAGAAAGGCAUGCCCUUCAUAUGCACACAAUGUUCAGUCUUCUCUGUUCCUGAUGUAUUGAAGCCUUCACUUGAUGAUGAUGAAGAGGAAGAGGAGCUGGAGACCAACUUUUUCAUAGAUACAAACACCCUCUGCAAACAUAUGUCAGCAGCGGUAAUCAGGGUGAAGUGCAUUGUUAGCAAUAAAAGCCAAAAGAGGAAGGAACCAUGGAUGGCUCGGCAUUUGUUGUACAGAAAUGGAAAAAUGACAAAGAGUAAUGGCUAUGGCUAUGCAGUUUUUAGUCAGCGGGCUGUAGAGUGUGCCAGAUUUUAUGUAAAGAAGAUGUUCCUGAAAAAUGAAUACCGCUCAUUGUUUCAUUAUGAAGGAACAGUUACCGGCAUGAGUGACCAAAAACUUGUACAGCACUUUAAAUCUGAUAAACAUACACCGUUAGCAGAAAUGUAUAUUGAUCAGGUUUUGGUGCCAGAGGCACUUUGUUGUGUAAUACAGGACUUCACUGGAUGGGACUAUCAGUACUGUGAUGAGCAAUGUUCAGUGGUUCUUCAGGCCUCUAAAUUACAAGCCUUAAAAGAUGGAUUUAAAAUGAGUAAAGGAAAGAAAGCAGAAUUGCUCCAGAAAUUAGAACCCAAUGAAACAGUUGAAUGAAAUAGUUUUCCUACUAUGGGGUGUAAUGGAAUGGUCAGGCAUUACUUCUUUAGAAAGUUAGUAACUGAUAUCUGACUGACAAUGCAACUACUGGCUCAAUUACAUUAGGUGAUAUGUAAUAUCAAUAAACUUGUUUGGAACUUGAGGAAGUCUGGUACUGAGUGUAUAUAUUACCAUAAUAUAAAAUGUUGAAGAUGACAAAACAUGCAGAAAUGACUGUUCUUUACAUGAUAUCAGUCAAAUAGUUUGACACAUACUGUUUAAUUAAACAGUUUCUCUUCGUUGUGUAGUUGUAUUACAUUUUACGGUGGGACAAUUAUUAAGAUUAUAAAAUUAGACUUCAAAUUAAAGUUGACAAGAUGGCAAACAAAUUUCUUAUUUUGUUGUGCUCCAAAAAUCAGAAUAUUAUUAAAAACAUUGCUGUUUGUAUAUACCCUGCUUUAAAAUGUUACAUUUUUCUGGAGACAGUUUAAUUUGUAUAUUAUUGUAUGUUUACUUAUUUAACACCUGUUGUUAUAUCUUUUGUGGCAGUUUUAAUUUCAAAUAACAUUAGUUUCAUUUUUGCAAAGCUAAUGCUUUUCUCUUGCAGGACAAUAUAAAGCCACAGUAUUAAAACUACAAGUAUAUUUUAAUUCUGCCCAUGUCUUUUCUUUGUUUUGCUUUUGCAAUAUAUGAAUUUUGAAAAGAGAUCCUUUUAAAUGGUAUGAAGGAUAACAUGAUAACAUUUACUUUGAUAUUUCAUAAAAUAGCUGUUGUCUGUGAAUGUUUAAUGUGUAUUAUUGGUAAUUGUUUUUGAUUUUUGACAAAUAUAAUGUAAGCUCUUAUGAAUAGAGUAAUUACAGUUUCAUUCCAGAAUUUUUGCCACUAUUUUAUGUAGCCUUGGUAAUAUAUUCAAAAUAAUUUUUGCAUUUUACUAAGACCUUUCGUAGAAUAAUAUGAAUAAUGAGCUAUUCUACUCACCUGGGCAUCCACCUUAGCACAAAGGUCACACUUUCGUACAGUUUUGGGUGCAAGGUCAUAUGCCAGUUACCAUUUUAGGUGUUGCAUUGAAGAUUUCAUUACUUCUUAGAAAACACGCCUACUGAAAUGACCAAGUUUGAAUGUGUUACAAUUAUAGCCUUUUAUACUUCCCAGCCACAUACUGAAACAAAACACAAUAAGAUAAGUCUGUGUGAAUUUUAUAUAAAUUAGGGACCUUUUUAAAAUUUAAAAAUCUCAAAAUUAAUUGGAUAUGAAUGAAAACCUAUUUGAUAUGUUUAACUUUAUACAUUUUAUGUUUAUGUUCAUUCUGUCUGGAGUAUGUUUUCCAGUUAAUUUGAAAUCAUCCUUCGAUUUUACUACUUCCAUGUUUUACUUAUUAGGUCCUAAAUUUUUGUACUAACUAGUCUUAUUCAGUUUAUACAUGGCACGAAUGCAUGUACUUUCCAGCAAAUACAUUGAACGCCAAGACUUAUUUUCAUUGAUUCUGCUUAAAGUUAUAUUAUAGUCCAUAUCUUUGUUAUAUUGUAAACUUUAGUGGAGGGAUUUGUUUGAAAUUGAGGAUCAUUUUAAACAAUAAUAUUACCACGGUUAUCAAUUAAUCAAGUUUUGGUUAAGCCAAGAUUUAUAUCAGAUCAGUACUGCCAUGUUAUUAGGGUGUAAAUUUAAGUGUUACAUUAUAUUGUUCAUCCGUCAAAUUUUACAAACUAUUUCAUAUUCAUAAAUGCUAACUUAACACUACAAAUUGAUUGCAUUUCAUAUAUACAAUUUCCUGAUACACAUUUAUGUAAUUGUUUAGUAGAUCUCCUCAUAUUUUCUGUACACUUUUCUUUGCUUAAGUUGAACAUGCAGUAUUAUCACUGUUAAUUUUGUUGUGAUAUUGAAACAUAUAAAUGAAUAUACUGA